CAGAACGUCUGGCGUGGACGAUUGUGCAUGGGAGAGGGAGGGAGAGGAAACACAGGAAUAAGCCGGGAGGAGUGCCGAGUCGAGUGGAGAAGUCAUCACGCACCAUUUGAUCGAACACGCUGUGAGGAAGAGGAGGAAAGGGCAGGAAACCACUAUCAGGGAUAGACAUUUGUCGGAAUAGAAUAGAGAAGAAAAGACGACAACAAGCGCCCCCCUUCACAAUAACCCUAGGAUGAAGUUUGCCAAAGUAUUCCAGCAAGUGCUUGCGGAGGAGCAGAUGCCUGAGGAGUGGAAGGAGCGGGCCAUCCAAUACAAGAAGCUCAAGAAGAGAAUCAACAAGGUUGUGGCGGAGCUCGAGUCGAUCGGCAUCAGCAAGGAGGACGUGGUGUUUCAUUACGACUUGGAGAUGGUGAAGUCGGAGAUCCACCCGCAUUUGCAGGUGAAGAUCUCGCCUCUCGAAAAGACGCUCAUCAUGGACCGGCUUUCGAGCCUGGACUAUAACUACGAGAUUGUGCCGCUGAAGCUGCGGGAGUUGAAUGCCGGAGGUCGAGACAGCACGGCGCCCGCAUUGGACGUGGAGGACGUGCAGUCGGUGGCUGCGUCGUCGGCGGCGUCGGUGCUGUCUGCGGUGAACCCGUUUGACGACUCGGGCCCGUUCUACGAGUUGAAGAUCUCGCUUCUGGAGGACACGAAGUUCUUCCAGGUGUUGUACGACGAGAUCGAGGACCUCAACCGGUUCCGGACGGAGCAGGAGGCGGAGAUCGCCAACAACGUGGAGGCGAUUGCGCACGAGGUGUCGUACGCGACGGUGCCGAAGAUGAAGAAGACGGACCUGUACGUGUGGCGGGAGGUUUUCCAGUACUACAUCGAGUGCGAGAUCUUCUUCAGCACGGCGGAGAAGAAGGCGGGCUCGGUGGACAUCGGCCAGAGCAAGGAGCGGUACCUCAAGUUUCUCCAGAUGGUGGAGGACUCGCGGGUGCUGCACAAGUUCCAUCAGAAGGAGUCGGUGCUGGCGUUUGGCGAGUUCAAGAGCCUCAACUUCCAGAUCAUGAAGAUCUCCAACUACCAGACGUUCAACUCGCUGGCGGUGACGAAGAUCUUGAAGAAGUUCGACAAGCAGACCCAGCUCUCGUCCAAGGACAUCUUCCCCGAGUUGAUCAUCAGCAGCAACGAGAUGAACAUCUUGAACGGCUCGAUCGCCACCGACAUCUGUCUCGUCAUCUCCUCGAAGCUGUUGACCAUCGUGCCGCAGAUCGACGACUACUUGUGUCCCAUCUGCUGCUCGAUCGCCUUCAAGCCCAUCCGCCUCCGCUGCGGACACCUCUUCUGCAUCCGCUGCUUGGUCAAGCUCAGGCGCAAGCACGAGGACAAGUGUCCCUUGUGCCGGAACCAGUGCUUGCUUGCCUUGACCACCGACGACCUCGACGUCGCCCAGAUGAACUACAUGAAGAUGUACUUCCCGAAGGAGGUCCGUGAGAAGGAGCUUGAGAACAGCAGAGAGAUCUUGGAGGAGCAGCAUGUCAUCGACCCGAACAGCAAGGCCUGCCUCAUCAUGUAGCGGCAGCUGCCUAGCCCUCCCGCUGGCACCUACACAUCCUUACACCUUUGUACUUUUAGCACCCAGUAUACUUCUAUAUAGCAAACAAACCGCAAGAAAAGGCCUUUUCCAUCUUCUCGCCGUCGCGU